AUGGACUCUGUUUCGGAAUCGACGGGCAAUGGCGUUGCGCGUCCGCCUACACCUGUGGAGAGCGGUGGCCAACUGCAGACGGUGAUGCUCGACACCCAGGCUUCGGAAACUCUUCCUCGUGUCGAAAGGGGUGAGGGAGCAACAGCCGAGUCUGGCCAGCAUGUUCGUCAACAGCGCCUUCUGACCCGCGCAGCUGGCGCUGGCAUCGUGAUGGGAGUGAUCAGUAACCCCGCCCGAGCACAUGUCAACCAGCGAGUCCCCUCCAACCGCCCUCCGACUGAGAUCAUCGAUUUGGAUGAGCUGCAGGGACGCCUCCCUCCUGUUGGUGCACCUUUCGGCCCAUGGGAUGCUCUCGACCCGAUGGAGCCGGCAGACGCCCCUCAGGUGGACGACUCUGAACCUGUGUUGGAAGAGCAUCCCGCAGCACCACCAAGCAAUAUGGUCCCAACCCCGAAUCGACCUUUCACGCACGUUGGAGGCCGAAGCAUCACCACGGCCAAUUCAGCAACAUCGAACCGUAGGCGAGGCAACUCUGCCAGUACCGCCUGGGGUGGCACAGCACGCAUGGCAGGCAGCACGUCCCGCAACCCGAACCCGCUCGGUAGCACGCAGCAGGCGGAGCGGGCCCCUAGCGUGGAUAUGGGGGCAGGCAACUCUGUCAGUACCGCCUGGGGUGGCACAGCACGCAUGGCAGGCAGCACGUCCCGCAACCCGAACCCGCUCGGUAGCACACAGCAGGCGGAGCGGGCCCCUAGCGUGGAUAUGGGGGCAAGCAACUCUUUCAGUACCGCCUGGGGUGGCACAGCACGCAUGGCAGGCAGCACGUCCCGCAACCCGAACCCGCUCGGUAGCACGCAGCAGGCGGAGCCGGCCCCAAGCGUGGAUAUGGGGGCACACAACUCCGGUGUUCGGCCGUCCGGUGGCAGCCCUCCACGCAGUCGCAUUCGUCUGGUUUCCCCUGAGCCCAAUGUUCACCAUGUGCAGGAGACUUUUCAGGAGGCGCGUCACGAUUACACCAUGGCGCCGUACAUACCACCGAUGGGGGUCCUAGGCGUGCGCCAGGUCUCAUCAGGCGCAGCACAGUCGUCCCCCAUGCUAGCAAUGGAGAGUGAGGGACAGCUUUCAGGGCAGGCCAGUCCUGCGGCGAGUUCGAGGCGCCGUCCGCGUGGCCUGCGCGGGUCGAGGUCGUCGCCUGGCCAGGGUGGGGAGGGGAGUGGAGGCAUGGAAACGCGCUCCCAAGGUUUCGUGACUCCGGAGGAGAAUAUCACAAACAUUCUCGGUGCACGAAUGCAGGAAGUGGUGCAGGGUGCAGUAAAUCUUGGAUGUGACAGGUUCGAGAGGCUUACCCGAGAGUUGGAGCACGCUCGCCGGGGUGAGCAAGCCGCCACCCGACGUAGAGGUGGGACGUCAGACGAUCCCGCCUUAGAGAGGGAGAGAAACCCGGAUGGGUAG